AAGGUCCAGCUCUGCAGCUCUGCGGGCCCUCGCGCGGGGCCUGCCGGAAGUUGUAGUCCCGCGCCCCGGCAGCCCAGGGCACCGAACUACAAUGACCAGCGUGCCUCGCGCUCAGCGCCCCCUUCUCUUGCAGCCUUGGGCGCAGGGAGGCUCAGUGGACCCGCUGUCUGAAAACCGAUAUGUCGGCCCCACUGGGCAGCGGGGAGCGCUGGACUGAAGCUUACAUUGAUGCAGUCAGAAGAAACAAAUACCCGGAGGACAGACCCCCCGAGAGCCACGACCCCUGCGGUUGCUGUGACUGUAUGAAGGCAGCAAAGGGAAAGAAGCCUGAAAAUGAGCAGAACCAGACCCGGCAGGGGGAGGGCAGCUCCACUUAUACUGAGGAACAGCUGGUUGGGGUACAAAGGAUCAAGAAGUGCAGAAAUUACUAUGAAAUUCUAGGAGUUGCCCGAAAUGCCAGUGAUGAAGAACUUAAGAAAGCUUAUAGAAAACUGGCCCUGAAAUUUCACCCUGACAAGAACUGUGCUCCUGGAGCAACAGAUGCUUUCAAAGCGAUAGGAAAUGCCUUUGCAGUCCUGAGCAAUCCUGACAAGAGACUCCGCUAUGACGAAUAUGGAGAUGAGCAGGUGACUGUCACUGCGCCUCGAGCCAGACCUUAUAAUUAUUACAGAGAUUUUGAAGCCGACAUCACACCAGAAGAGCUAUUUAAUGUCUUCUUUGGAGGACAUUUUCCUACAGGAAAUAUUCACAUGUUCUCAAACGUGCCUGAUGACAUUCAGUAUUACCGCCGGCGGCACCGACACGAGAGGACACAGACUCGGAAGGAGGAGGAGGAAGAUAAAGCUCAGACUACAUAUUCUGCAUUUAUUCAGUUACUUCCGGUUCUUGUGAUCGUCAUCAUAUCUGUUGUUACUCAACUGCUGGCUGCUAAUCCUCCAUAUAGCCUGUUCUAUAAAUCGACGUUGGGCUACACCAUUUCUAGAGAGACCCAGAACCUGCAGGUGCCUUACUUUGUGGAUAAAAACUUCGACAAGGCCUACAGAGGAGCUUCUCUGCGUGACCUAGAAAAGAUAAUAGAGAAGGAUUACAUCGAUUACAUCCAGACGAGUUGUUGGAAGGAGAAACAGCAGAAGUCAGAGCUGACAAACCUAGCAGGAUUGUACCGAGAUGAACGAUUGAAACAGAAAGCAGAAUCGCUGAAACUGGAAAACUGUGAAAAACUUUCCAAACUAAUUGGGCUGCGCAGAAGUGGCUGAGAUGGUGACGUGUACACUCAGGGUUGGGGUUUUGUUACUUAUUAUUAUUUAUGUUCCUAAUUCCAUUUUAUAAUACAAAAUUAGGACCUGAUGAACAUUUCCCUGUUUGCUAAUGUUUGUUGGGCGGUGUUGCAGGAAAUUGAGCCCGGAGCCACACAGUCACCAGAGCCAGCUUUCUGAGUCAGGGGGCCCUCCGAGUUACACAAAUGGCAGAGUGUUUCUCCCCGCCCCUGCUCUGUGCUUGCCUGGCCUGUGUGAGUGCAGUUUAGGGCAGCAGCGCCAUCCGAAUCUGCUUUUUUCCUGUGACUUGUCUGGUUACAGAGAAGCUGUCCGUUUUCAGCCAAGUAUAAGCCCAGCAGGUGUAAGCCCACAGAGUAAGCCCACAAGUAUAAGCCCAGCACUCAGGAGGCUGAGGCAGGAAGAAUUUGAGGCCAGCCUGGGAUGCUACAUAGAAAAUUUUAGGCCAGCCCAGACUAUAUAUCGAGACUCUGUCCCCUGCCAAAAAAAAUCUGUUUUGGAUUUAGAAAGGAUGGAUUUUCUUCCUUCUUCCCUUCUUCAGUGAAGCCUCAAUGUCCAGGCAUUCCUGGGCUUGUCCAAAGCAGCUUCCUGUUAUUUCCGACAUCUGCCAGGAACUAGACUGCUCUCUCUUUGGGACUGUCAGCACCCCAGGACUCCGCCUUUGGGUCUUGCUCCUGCUCAGCUUUGAUUUCCUAAGGGGAAGGUGGAGAAACUAAAGCUGUUCAGCCCGCAGUUUUCUCCCCUCCCAGUCUCUGUUCAGUCAGGGAACAUUAGCAAACUGCCUGAGUUGAGGGUCUUUUAUUUUCUUAAUCCUCUGGCAAAGGGUCCAGAAAAAAAUUGAAGAUUGAAACAGUUCAGCAGACAGCUCAGCAGCAGAUGGGGGGCCGGGGGAGAAGCUAAGCUGUAAGCCGCUAUUCCCACUCCUCCGUGCAGACCCCCGUCCACCAUAGGUGGCAGAGCAUGUCCUUUGUGUGACUUCGUCUUGCUGUCGUCCCUUGGAAUCAUCACACUCAAGCUGAGACCCCACAGCCCACAGAGGGACCGCGGCCAGAACUGAGACGCAGCCUCGUCAGCAGCCAGGCUGGGGCUCAAGCCUGGGGGUGGAGGGGGCUGUCCUGUCUAGUGACGCUCCCUGCCAUCAUUUUGUGUAACCUGGGGCCCUAGAGCCUGUGGUAUGAGACUUCUUGUCAUUCGCCGCUCACGGAGAGCCUACCAUAAAGCGUGCGUCUUGUUACUUCAGCCUCCUCACAGCCCUGUGGAGGAGGUGCUUUGUUUUUAUGAAUGAGAAUAUUGGCCUAGAGAGGGCUGCUGCUCUGGGUCAUACAGGAGCCAGAUGGUGGGCAGUUGUCAGGUAGAAGGUGUGAGAGGUCACCUUUAAUUUUCAAGGGAUCCUAGUCAGAUGGCAAAGAAGAAUCCCCCAGACGCCUCUGUGCCCACCACCCCAGAGCAGCCCUGCAUCUUUCUACAAAUGCCCUGCAGCCAUUUGGGACAGUCUUCCCGCUGGCCUUUAGGAAGCAGAACCCUCCCAGUGCAAGUCCUGUACACAAAAUAGGAAGUCCUCAGGCAGGCAUGCCUUCCUGCUGUGACAGGAACUGUGGUGUCACAUAGGCUACGUGGUACUGGGCCUUCCUGUGGAGGUGAGCAACCCGGACUGGGCUGCCAGAUUACCCCAGAAAUGUCCAGUGUGGUUCAACGUAUGUGUGUGCUAGAGGCGGGAAAUGGGUUAUAGGUAAAGAAUGGGACUUUUAGUGGCUGGGAGGGCACAAGUGCUCAGCUACAGAGAGCCAGAGCAGUUCUAGAAACAGCCAAUUUUGCUGCCCAGUUGCCCAGGCUGGCCUCAGACUCAUGAUCCUCCUGCCUCAGCCUCCACACGAGCUGGGAUUAUAGGUGUGUGCUACCACUCCCAAUUUUCCUGGUUUUUUGACCUCCUUGACCUCUCAGUGAUAGAGAAUUUACACUAUAAAAUGUGCUUAUGGAAAGUUCCUAUACACACAAAAAUCAAAGCUCUCCUCACCCUCAGCCCCUGCUAGCAAAUGGGCCAUAAUGAAACCAGCCUGACAGGUUAAAGGACCUGCUCUAGAUGCCCACAAAUAGCAUAGGCAUAUUUUAUGGACUUCAUAGUGGUGAUGAGUUACCUGUGAUGACGCUAACUAGAGGUGGUACUAACUUCAUUAAAUGUCAUGCUGAUGGCUGUUUUUAUAGCAUUGACAGUAUGUUUUGUUUAUUACUAAUAGGCCACACAUUUAUGUCUGGUUUUUCUCAAACUGUCGUUUGGCUGAAGGAUAGUUUAAGCUACUGUGUUUGGUACUCUGCAGAAACUUGUAAUCUUUGAUUUCCUUGGUCAUGUUUUCAAUGGGUUGUCUGUACAGUGGUAAAAUAGGCUGCUUCCCUCUUGCCUGCGUCCCUCGUCCCUCGGAAGACUCCCUGAUAGCACAGACACUCCUGAGCUGUCAGAACCGGUGCAGCUGCUCUGUUUCCCUCAUGUCCCUGCAGACCCCAGCUGUGUGCUGCAAGAGGGCUGGGGCACGGGGCGUGGGGCCCGUGUGGAACCCCGAGCUCUGGCUCCAGGGAUCAGCAGCGAGGAGGGACGGGGCCCUUCUCACCGUAACAGUGCCUCUCACUGGAAGGAACCCAUGUCCCUGGGGUCAUCUGCUCACAACAGAAAAUGAACUUCCUUGAUCAGCCCCAGGCCUCAAAGCUUGGCAGCAGCGGCCAGUAAGCGAAGGACAUUGCUGUGCUUACUGGUGGAAACGACUAGAAAUUACAGCGAUGCCAAGCCCCACCAGAACGUGAGCACAGCAGCCUGGCCAAGUGGCACGCUCUUACUUCCCUCCUGGCACCGUGAGGGGCGCUGUCACAGCCGGCCACGCAUCCCGUCCAUCGUCUGUGCAUGCAGCUCCUCCAGGAGCUGGCUUCACCUGUGUUUACUUUAGACUCACUGAAGGUGUUGCCUUAGUGUCCUAAUGCAUUUAUUUUUGGAAAGGGUAAGUUACUACACAUCUUAUUAUUUGAACCUGCAUCGCUGACACCUCAUGCAGUGGCCACCAACUACCUACCCGUGUGUUAGCUAUGGAUGGUGUCAUUUGCACCCCUCUCAGUAUUCUCAAUUAAAGGUGUGACUGUCCUGUGACCAGAGUCAGGGAUGACACAGAUGAAAUCAGCUCCUGGUGGAGUAAAAAUCCCAAAAACCCUGGUCACCUGAUCCAUUGCAUCUAGAUUGAGUGUAUUUUAACAAAGAAAAACAUUAAAUGAUUUUCUAUAAGGAGA